AGCAGCGAAGCAUUUGGGACAUUUGGAUUCGACAUCCACCACAGAUAUUCCGACACUGUCAAGCAAUUCUUGAACAUAGAUGGGUUGCCGGAGGAGGGUACCGUUGACUACUACACCGCCAUGGCCCACCGCGAUCAUCUCUUCAAGGGCCGUCGCCUAGCCGCCGCCACCACCCCUCACUUUCUUUGCUUGCACUAUUCAUAUAUUAGAGUGGGUACCCCUGCCGCAUUCUUUCUUGUGGCACUCGACACGGGCACUGACCUAUUCUGGUUACCAUGUGAUUGUCCUAACUGUCCACGUUACUAUAACAGGAGCGAUGGAUCAAGAUUCGAUCUAGAGAUAUACAGUCCUAGUAAUUCAACAACUAGCAAGCCACUUCCAUGCAGUAGCCCUAUAUGUGGACCAAAAAGAAGAUGCUCGGUCAAGGAUAACGCAUGUGCUUACGAAAUAUUACACAACAACGCCUCGAGUAGUGGAAUAUUAGUUGACGAUGUUUUGCAUUUGGGUACGGAUACCAAUCCACAAGACCCUGUCGAUGUCGCUGUUACAUUAGGAUGUGGUAAAAAUCAAACCGGUGAUUAUUUGAACCGAGGUGGUAGGAAUGGUGUAUUUGGGCUUGGUAUGGACAGUAUAUCUGUGCCUAGCAUUUUAGCUAGCAAAAAUAUUACAGCAAAUUCUUUCUCUGUGUGCUUUGUCACUGAUGGACGUGGCAGAAUCGAAUUCGGAGAUAAAGGGAGUGCAGACCAAAAAACAACUCCCUUUAAUCUUGAAAAUUUAAA